AUGGCUACCCAUGACGGGAGGGUGAGCUCCGGAUCCCAGAGACCCUGCCAGGGGCCAAAGGGGAGCAGGGCCUGCCUAGGUUCCCUGGACAGCCUGGAGUGGAAGGAGAUCCAGGAGCAGACACCAGGCCACCUGGCUAUGUUGAGGAAGGCACAGGAGUUCUUCCAGACCUGCGACGCCGAGGGCAAGGGCUUCAUUGCCAGGAGGGAUCUGCAGAGGCUCCAUAAGGAGUUGCCCCUCAGCCUGGAGGAACUGGAGGAUGUGUUUGAUGCCCUGGAUGCUGAUGGCAAUGGCUUUCUGACCCCAGAGGAGUUCACUUCUGGAUUUAGUCACUUCUUCUACAGCCAGAAUAACCCAUGUCAGGAAGAUGCAGGCGAACCAGUAGCCCAGCUCCAAGGAGAGAAAGUGUAUCAGUCCAGAGGGGAGGAAUAUCUGGGAGACAUGGACGAAGAUGAGGAAGCCCAGUUCCAGAUGCUGAUGGACAACCUUGGAGCCCAAAAGGUUUUAGAAGAUGAAAGCGAUGUCAGGCAACUCUGGCUGCAGCUGAAGAAGGAUGAACCUCACUUACUGUCCAACUUCGAGGAUUUCCUGACCAGAAUCUUCUCCCUGCUCCAAGAAGCCCAUGAGGAGAAGAACGAACUGGAGUGUGCCCUAAAAAAGAAAAUUGCUGCUUAUGAUGAAGAAAUCCAGCAUCUCUAUGAGGAGAUGGAACAACAGAUCAAAAGCGAGAAGGAGCAGUUUCUCCUGAAAGACACGGAGAGGUUUCAGGCCCUCAGUCAGGAGCUGGAACAGAAACUGUUAUCUAAGGAGCAGGAACUGGAGCAGCUCAUCCAGAAGCAAAAGAGGCUGGAAGGCCAGUGCACAGCCCUGCAUAACGACAAGCAUGAAACCAAGGCUGAGAACACCAAGCUGAAGCUCACGAACCAGGAACUGGCCCGGGAGCUGGAGCGGACCACCCAGGAGCUCCAGGACGCUCAGGGGCAGCUGGAAAGCCUGCAGCAAGAGGCCCACAAACUCCACCAGGAGAAGGAGAGGGAAGUGUACCGUGUGACCGAGAGCCUGCAGCGGGAGAAGUCUGGGCUCCUGAAGCAGCUGGACUUCCUAAGGGAAAGGAACAAGCACCUUCGGGAUGAGCGGGACAUAUGUUUUCAGCAAGACAAGGCCUCCAGGGCAAACACAGAUGCUUCCAAAGCAAACUGCAAACGGAGAUCCGGCUCUGUGAUAGGCAAAUACAUGGAUGGCAGAGGGAUUCUCAGAAGUACCCAGUCAGAGGAAGAGGAAGAUAUCUUUGGCAGACCAAGGAGGAGAAGCUCCCUGGGCCUGAGUGCAUAUCCCCUUACAGAGGAAGAGCAAGGGGCUGGGGGUCCACACCCCCGGGCACUCCGCAGAAUCAUCUCCAUUGAGGAAGAUCCUCUGCCCCAGCUCCUGGAUAGUGGCUUUGAGCAGCCACUGAACAGAUGCCCAGAAGAGGAGGAGGUCUCCAGCCAAGGGAUGGAAGGACAAAUCCAGCAGGCCCCACCCUCAAGACUCACCCCUGUGUCUCCCCGAGGGCAGCCUGUUGGAAAAGAAGCCCUAUUGAAGGAGGAGCGCCCUCCCGCCGCCCUGGACCGCCUCUUCAAGAUUGUGUUUGUGGGCAACUCCGCAGUGGGGAAGACGUCCUUCCUGAGGAGGUUCUGCGAGGACCGCUUCUCCCCAGGCCCGGCAGCCACUGUGGGCAUCGAUUACCGUGUGAAGACAGUGAACGUGGACGACUGUCGGGUGGCCCUGCAGCUGUGGGACACAGCUGGGCAGGAGAGGUACCGCUGCAUCACGCAGCAGUUCUUCAGAAAGGCCGAUGGUGUCAUCGUCAUGUACGACCUCACAGCCAGGCAGUCGUUCCUGUCGGUCCGGCAGUGGCUGAGCAGCGUGGAGAAUGCUGUGGGAGACCAAGUUCCUGUUCUUCUGCUGGGCAAUAAACUUGACAACGAGAAGGAGCGGGAAGUCCCCCGGGGCCUUGGAGAGCAGCUUGCUAAGGAGAACAAUCUGAUCUUCUACGAAUGCAGUGCCCAUUCUGGUCACAACACUAAAGAGUCCGUGCUCCAUCUCGCCAGGUUCCUCAAGGAGCAAGAAGACACAACAAGGAAGGACACCGUUCAGGUUGGCCGCGCUGCCAAGAAGAAAUCCUGCUGUGGCUGA